AUGGGGCGUGAUUUAAAGGACAAGAGUUGGGAGGUGAUCGAGGUUAGUCGCACGCGAGUAGACCAAUUCCGGCGGACUAUGCCACUUAUCGGUAAUUUGCGUAAUCCUGCUAUGCGACAGCGACACUGGAAACAGAUAAAACAUGAGAUGGGCCGCGAUUUCGAUGAGACUUCUUGUGACUUUACUCUUGAACGAAUAAUUGAAUUCGGAUUUGAUCAAUACGCUGAUCUCAUUAAUGAGGUUUCAGGGGCUGCUUCUAAGGAGCUUCUGAUUGAGACUGCUCUCGAGGCAAUGGAAGUACUGUGGCAAGGCAUCGAAAUCGAGAUCGUGCCAUACAAGGAUAAAGGCCUUUUCAAAAUCCGAUCAUCAGAUGAGAUCUUCCAGGCCUUAGAAGAUAAUCAAGUUCAACUGUCCACGAUGAAAGCAUCAAGGUUCGUAAAACCAUUUGAAGUACUUGUAGACAACUGGGAACGCGGCCUGUCACAAAUACUUGAAACAAUUGAGGCUCUUCUAGCUGUACAGCGUCAAUGGCUGUAUUUGGAAACAAUAUUUCUUGGGGAGGAUAUCCGAAAACAGCUACCUCGAGAAUCUGCCGAAUUUGAUUUGGUUAAUGCCAACUGGCGCCGAAUAAUGUUUGAUAUUAAUAAAACUAAGAAUGCUCGAAACUGCACCAGAAAGCCAGGGCUUCUGGCUCAACUGAACGAAAUGAUCGGUCAGCUGGAGGAAAUUCAGAAGUCCCUUGACAUGUACCUCGAAACAAAACGUCAAAUCUUCCCUCGAUUUUACUUUAUCUCAAAUGAUGAUCUUUUGGAGAUUUUAGGACAAAGCAAGAAUCCUGAAGCGGUAAUACCGCAUCUGAAAAAGUGCUUUGACAAUGUUUUUUCUCUUCGAUUGGAGAAGGUUAGUCGUACCAAUUAA